CCUGAGCCAUUCAUACACAAAGACAGACCGAUAUUGUAGCUCUUGUGGACGUACAACAAACUGCAUUCCACUAAAAUGGAGAUCUCAAGUUUCCAGCAUACUGCUUCCUAUUCUGGAGAAGAAAAGUAUGAGAUGCUGGAGUUGAACAGGAGACUGGAGUCAUACUUAAACCAUGUGAAGUUACUGGAAGAAGAGAAUCAGCUUCUUUGGGGGGAAGUCCAGGCCAUGCGGAGAAACCAAGACACUGAAGGCCAAAGGAAAGCUCAAGGGGAGGCACUCCGUCUGGCCAGAAAAGAACUGCAGGACACCUGGAGGGAGAAGGAUCAUGCGGAGCUAGAGGUCAGCAUCCUGCUGGAAGAGAUUGAGGAGCUAAACAACCUGAGAGAAAAAGAGAAGUCUGCACAGGCUGUGGCUAAGAGAAAACUUGAAGCAAGCAAAAAGGCACUGGAGGAUGAGAGGAGGAUGCAGAUCUGGCUGAGAGAACAAGCUGCUCAUCUUGAGAAAGAGGUCUCUCUACAAGUGCAGGCUCAUCAGGAAGAUGUGGCAGCCUUGAAGUCCUCGCGUGCCUUCUCAAAACCGGUACUAAUGGCUCCUCAGCAAAGCCAGACCCUCAACCUUCAGGGCCUGGGGAAAGAGUACUCACAAAGAGCAGCCCAGGCCUGGCAUGAAGCAGCAGGUGUGUAUCAGACACAGAUAAAUAAGCUAGAGGAGAGGUUGGACCAGACCAGGGUUCACAUGACACUGAUCAAAAAAGAGAAAAAGGAGAGUCAACUACAGGUGCAAGAUUUAGCCAAAGAAUUAGAAAGUGCAAAGGCCAAGAGAGAACUGAUGGAGAAGAACAUCAUACAGCUGAGACAAAAGCAGAAUCAAGACCUUCAACAUCUCCAGGCUCAUGUGGAAGCACUGGAGGCAGAGAAGGUGGAUCUUGGAGAGCAGAUAGGUGAGCUGCUGGGAGAGAGUCGCAGUCUGCUAAAAAUGAAGAUGUCUUUGAGCCUCGAGGUGGCCACUUACAGAGCUUUGCUGGACAGUGAAAACAUGAGAGUUAACAACCAGUCAGCAAGUAAGAAGAACAGGACAGUGCCACUUUUAGAAGGCAUCACCAAGUCCCCUGGGAUUCCUCCAGGCACUCAGGCCAUCCCUUCCUGUCUGUUCAGCAGUAUGUUGAAUACAACCUCCAGAUCAAUCACCCAUAAAGCCAACCUCAUGACUCCUACUCCUACAAAGAGUCUGACACUAAGAACUCCACACGACACACUCAAGAGACCCCAGACAACCAAAGAAGAAGAAGAAGUCAUUGUAAGGCAAGAGAAGCAAAAACUAGAAACAUCUGCAACAAUAUCAGAAAAUUAUCUUAUUGAAACAGAUUCUCAUGAUCAUUAUAAAGCUGAGGAGGAACCAAGCGCUACUGCUUCUAUCUCUGCCUCUGAAGCCCCCCAAACUGUAGAUGAGCCACAUGAGUCCAUACUCAUUAAAGAAGAUUUGCAGCAAGUCCUUAAAGCAGAACUUGGCCCAGUUUUGUUUAAUACUAUUGAAACAGCAAUGACUACUCCGGCAGCUGGACAUCCCCAAACUCCAGAGAGUCUGUCCUCUAGUCAGCAUAUUGAGGAAACAAAGAGUUCAGAAGAUGGAGAUGAAGAGGAGACUGAGGUGUCCACUGAAAUGGCUCAAAUAUCUCAUGCACCUAUGUCUGCCUGGGAGGAAACAGCAAUACCAGAAAAGAAAGAUGUAGUGUCAGAGCUAGAGUUGGAGACAGAGGACGUCGAUGAGAGUGGCGUGCAAGAAAUAAAAAUAGAUGCUUAUGAUGCAGAAUUACAGAUGCUUGAUGAAAACACCAAUGAAGGUGCUUCACUAUUACUCCAAGGCAUCUCACCAUUGUCGGCAGAUACAUUAAGCCCAGUUGAGGAUGACAGUGAAAUUCUAACAUGGGCAGAUGUAAAGGAAGAUGUUAUACAUUUUGUUGAAGAAGAGUCACUGAAGAGUGUACCAGACGUGGAAAGUGGAUCAAGGAAAGGAAGUGAAGAACUGGAAGAAAAAAUGGAGGAAGAACAUGUUGAAUGGCCUGGUACUGAAACAUUGGAAAGCCAUGAGCUUGAUAUUGAAGUGGAAGAAGAGGAGAAUGAAACUGAACAAGAGAAAAAAGAGGAACUGAUUAGUGUUGAGGAGGAAAGGGUGGUAGAGGAAGAGAGUAAAGAGGACAGACAAAAAUCAGAGUUAAUGAUAAAUAGAUCUGAUUUAGUGGAUGAAAAAGCUGAGUUAGUGAUAGAUGCAUAUGGAAACGAUAAUCAAGUAGAUGAAAAAGCUAAGGAAGUGAUGGAACAGAUUUCAUUUGAAACAGAUCAGUUAGUUAAAUGUAAUGCAGAAGAGCGGCAAGAACAAAGUGAUGGAGAUGAGUCAUUAAACAUCACUGAAUCAUGGAGAACUGACCCAGUGGAAGUGGACAGCUAUGCUCAGGAGAACACUGUAGCAGACACUCGUCCUCUCAUACACUACAAGAGUGAUGAAGAGACAGAUGCCAUCAUCCCAAUCUCUCAUUUGGGUGCGAAUGAACCUUCUGACAGUGAGGGAGAGAGGGACAAACAUGAUGGAGGCAGCAACUGGAGCCAAACUAUCGCCAAGCGCUUUGACACUAUGGAGGAUUUAUCUGAGGAGCCAGAGCUGGGCAGCAUGGAUGACAUAAUAACAGAUGAGUCAGUUCAAACUGUUUUAGAGAGCAUGGAUGAAGAGUCUAUUGUUCCAAAUGAAAAUGAGGACAUGGACAGCCAUGCCAAACCACUAUUGGAUGAUGCUUUGGUAGAAGAAUCAGAAAGUGACCUUAGGACCAAUAGUAAUGAGAACAGUCAGGACGAGGAUGAGUCAAAGAUUGAGAACUACCAUCUGCCAGCAGUGUUGGUUGAGAAACAGGAAGAGAGCUCACAGUUACAUGACUGGAGUGCAAGUGUGGACAAUAAAUCUAGUCAGGUAAAUGAGCAGGAGACUCUCCUAUCCAUACAGUCUGAUAUCAGUGAAGGCACAAUAACACAAUACAGAGAAAAGACAGAAAAAAGCAACAUAGAAUAUAAAGAAAUCAAAUCAGAGGGUGAAAGUGAAGACAAGGGGGAUUUUGAAACUCAGUUGUCUGAAUCAUCCCAAGAACAAGUCCUUGUUGAAGAAGAACCUUGUGAAGGACUGUCAACAGGGGUCACACAUUCUGAUGUGCUUUUAUUUGAAAGUCAUCUAACCGAAGAACAACCCUGUGCAAAGGAGGAAGAUGUGCAGUCGAACCUGUCAAUGCUCACUCAUGCAGAUUUCACAGAUGAAUUUUCUCUACACAGUCAUCCAGAGAGCCAGACCAACACUAACGAUUCAGAUCUGGAAGACCCCAAUAGUUGUGAUGAGGAAUCUCCAAAUGCAAGCCAGUGUUCUUUGCUGAACAAGAUGGAGACUCAGCAACUAGAAGAGGAUAGUGCAUCUACUAUGGGUUUAGUCUCAGACACUGAUCCACUUGCCAAAGGCCUUCUCUGUGGUGCGCUGAAAGAGGAGGAGCACUCUGAAAAUUAUAGCACUUCCAAAGUAGAGGAAUUGGAGAACAAAGAGGAACAGCAAUAUGCAGUGGGCAGUAGUUAUAGUGAAAUAGGUGAAAAAGCUGACAACCUUCCAGAAGAAUUGGAGAAUUUGGGUCAAAAAGUUACAAAUGCAUCCCAUAGCACCCUUAGCAGCGGUGAAGAAUUCGGUGUAGUGGAAAUGGAGAACAAAAAAGAUAGCAUGGAUGCUUUCCAAGAAGGUGCUUUAAAAGAAGAAUGUCAGACUAAUGAAAAAGAAAAUGACCUUCACAGCUUCUUUAGCUCAAGCAUAAAGGAGGACAUUUGGAGUGCAACAAAAUUUGAGACCGCUGCUACAUAUGACCCAAAUGACCAAACAGAGACCGAGAGGAAUUCAUAUGACAGUAUUAAUCCAAAUCAGCCCAUUGUCUUUGAGGAGGACUGGGGAAGUCUUGAAAGAUUAGAACCAACCCAUAGCAAACCUGACAAAGACACAUGUACCUCUCCAGCUCGAUUAACAGAGGACGAAGGGGAAGAGCAGAAGAUAUCACAGGCUAGAAAAGUACAGAGUAGAGAUGUAAAUGAUGGAUAUGAGAAGACUGUCCAUGUAGAGGAUUCCACUGAUGAAGGUGACUCCUGGUCUUCUGGUGAAGAGUAAAUCCAUUCAAUAGGCAUUACUACUACAACAUUACAUUUAAUGAUGUUCUGCAGUGGUGCAGAAUGGAAAGAAGGAAAGCUGGCUAAAACACUGAGAAGUAUAACCAAUGCAUGUUUGUAACUUAAAUAAGCGAAAUAUCAUUGAUCAAUAUUAGAUUGAUAAAUAUUUGUGCAUAUCAUACCUAAUUGAUCUAUGUAAUGAAGCUGUUCUUACUGACUUUGACAUUGAAAUAUAACAUUUUUUUAAGUGAAAUACAUACAGAUGGGAUUUUUUGA